AAUACUUUGAGAAUAACAACUUGAACUGAAGUCGACGGAAAAAGAAAACAAGUUAAGCUCAUGCUCUGCUUACUGAUGAGCCUUCGUCCAUUUCGACGUUGAGGACUUGCUGCCCAUUCUGAGAGGAAUCCCAACUCGGCGAAGCGAACCCAAUGGCUCGCCUUGUCGUCUUCUUCCUGCCUUUCAUUCUGGAACAUGUUGUAUAAAUAUAUCGGCCAACGCGCUUCCUUUCUUCUCGGGGAGUCACUGAUACAGAGAAAAGAAGAGCAUAAAUAUUUGAUUCCGAUUUGUUUCGUGUUGAGAGAUGGGUGGUUGAUCGCCGGAGGAGGGAAAGAUGAUAUCUUGGCAUGACCUGUAUACGGUGCUGGCGGCGGUGGUACCGCUCUAUGUGGCGAUGAUACUGGCCUACGGCUCGGUGCGGUGGUGGGGGAUCUUGUCGCCGGACCAGUGCUCCGGCAUCAACCGAUUCGUGGCUAUCUUCGCCGUGCCUCUCCUCUCCUUCCACUUCAUCUCCACCAAUGACCCUUAUGCGAUGAACCUCCGUUUCGUCGCCGCCGACACCUUGCAGAAGCUGCUGGUCCUGGCGGCUCUGGCCGCCUGGUCCAAUUUCCUCCGCCGACGCCGGCCUCUGCCCGGCGGCGCCGCGCCACUGGACUGGUCCAUCACCAUCUUCUCCCUCUCUACGCUACCUAAUACUCUGGUGAUGGGCAUCCCCCUCCUCAUCGCGAUGUACGGGUCUUACGCUGGUGCGCUCAUGGUCCAGAUCGUCGUCCUCCAGUGCAUCAUUUGGUACACGCUGAUGCUAUUCCUCUUUGAGUUCCGCGCCGCCCGCCUCCUCAUCGCGGAUCAGUUCCCCGACACCGCCGCCUCCAUCGUCUCCUUCCGGAUCGACCCCGACGUCGUCUCCCUCGACGCCGGGGCCGCAGAGGCUGUAUCCGAAGUCGGCGGCGAUGGCAAGAUUCACGUCACCGUCCGCAAGUCGACCUCGUCGAGGCGAUCGGCGGCGAUGAUGACCCCCCGCCCGUCCAACCUCACCGGCGCCGAGAUCUACUCGCUCAGCUCCUCCCGUAACCCCACUCCGCGAGGAUCCAGCUUCAACCACGCCGAUUUCUUCGCCAUGGUCGGCGGCGGCAGCGCGGCGACCCCCGCCUUCCGCCCCUCCAGCUUCGGCGCCGCCGACUUCCACUCCCUCCAAUCUUCCCGCGGUCCCACCCCGCGCCCCUCCAACUUCGACGACCACCACCAUCACCCGCCGCAGCCGGAAAUCUCCGUCGCUGGCGCGGCGAAGAAACCCCACCCGCAUCCGAACCGAGCGGGGACGGCGGACACCAAGGAGCUGCACAUGUUCGUGUGGAGCUCAAGCGCGUCGCCGGUGUCGGAAGUGGCCGCCCUCCCCUCCUUCGCCGGCCGCGAUCCUGACCUCGACCAUGGCGCGAAGGAGAUCCGAAUGCUCGUCCCGGCAGAGCUCCCCACCGCCAAAGAGGCUGAGGAAUACCGGGCGGAGGAGUUGAGCUUCGGCGGCGGAAAGGGAGCAGACGAGGCGAGCGGCGGGGACAGGGGAGGUGCGGGAGGGCCGUCGGAUGGGAUGAGACCGGACCUUCGAAUGCCCCCCGCGAGCGUCAUGACCCGUCUGAUCUUGAUCAUGGUGUGGCGGAAGCUGAUACGCAACCCUAACACCUACUCCAGCCUCAUCGGCCUCACCUGGUCCCUCGUCGCCUUCCGGUGGCACGUCGCGAUGCCGACGAUAGUAGAGAACUCCAUCUCCAUUCUCUCCGACGCCGGCCUCGGAAUGGCCAUGUUCAGCUUAGGGCUGUUCAUGGCGCUGCAGCCGAGGAUCAUCGCGUGCGGCAACACGGUGGCCUCCUUUGCGAUGGCGGUCCGGUUCCUGGUCGGGCCGGCGGUGAUGGCCGCCGCCUCGGUCGCCGUCGGCCUGCGUGGGACCCUCCUCCACGUGGCGAUCGUUCAGGUACGCUCACAUACUGUCGAUCGAUCGACCGAACCCCAAGAGCCUUGCUCACAUCACAUGCGAUGUUUUGUCUGCGUUAGGCGGCUCUCCCGCAGGGCAUCGUGCCCUUCGUGUUCGCCAAGGAGUACAACGUCCACCCUGCCAUCCUAAGCACAGCGGUUAUAUUCGGGAUGCUCAUCGCUCUCCCCAUCACUCUCGUUUACUACAUCCUCCUCGGAUUCUGACGCAUGUUAACGAUGGUCUCUGAUGAACGAACCAGCUUACGCAUGGGAUGCAAGCGACGGCCUGCCACGCCACGCCAACUCAGCCGGCACUGCCCAAGGGAAAACAGUUUUUUUUUGCACUAAAUUGUAUUACGAGAGAUCGAUCUUGUUUCUCUCUUUUUUGUUUGUUUUUUACUCAAAACAUGUGAGAUUAAAAAGAGAAGAAGAUGCUUAUUCUGUCCGA